GAUGAAUGUGGGGGUGGCACACAGUGAAGUAAACCCCAACACGCGAGUGAUGAAUAGCCGGGGCAUCUGGUUGGCCUACAUCAUCUUGGUCGGACUCCUGCAUGUGGUUCUACUCAGCAUCCCCUUCUUCAGUGUUCCUGUUGUGUGGACCCUGACCAAUGUCAUCCAUAACUUAGCUAUGUAUGUCUUCCUACAUACCGUGAAAGGGACACCCUUCGAGACUCCUGACCAAGGAAAAGCUCGGCUACUGACACACUGGGAGCAGAUGGACUAUGGACUCCAGUUUACCUCUUCCCGCAAGUUCCUCAGCAUCUCCCCUGUUGUACUCUACCUCCUGGCCAGCUUCUAUACCAAGUAUGAUGCUUCUCACUUCCUUAUCAACACAGCCUCGUUGCUCAGUGUACUACUGCCUAAGUUGCCCCAGUUCCAUGGGGUUCGUCUCUUUGGCAUCAACAAAUACUGAGGCCUGGG